GGCGCCGCCCCCGCGCCCGGCAGCCCCGGGCCCGGCGCUCCCCCGCCCGGUGCGGGUCCGGGUCCGGGCCCGGGCUCGGCGCGGCGCGGCCCGCCGCAGGGAGGAUGGGGCAGCGGCGGAGGCCGGCGAACGGCAGCGGCCCGGCGGCGCCAUGACCGGCGAGAAGAAGAAGAAGAAGCGGCUCAACCGCAGCGUCCUGCUGGCCAAGAAGAUCGUCAUCCGGGACGGGGCUGGCCGACAGGGGAUUGGAGAGCCCAGCGUGUACCAUGCCGUGGUGGUUAUUUUCCUGGAGUUCUUUGCCUGGGGGCUGCUGACCACACCGAUGCUAACGGUGUUACACCAGACUUUUCCUCAGCAUACAUUCUUGAUGAAUGGCCUGAUUCAUGGAGUCAAGGGUCUGCUUUCUUUUCUAAGUGCCCCACUGAUUGGUGCUCUCUCUGAUGUCUGGGGCAGGAAAUCCUUCCUCCUCCUCACUGUCUUCUUCACGUGUGCGCCAAUUCCCCUUAUGAAGAUCAGUCCAUGGUGGUAUUUUGCUGUCAUUUCCAUGUCUGGAGUCUUUGCUGUCACCUUUUCCGUGAUUUUUGCCUAUGUUGCCGAUAUCACACAGGAGCAUGAACGCAGCACGGCGUAUGGCUUGGUGUCAGCCACGUUUGCUGCUAGUCUGGUCACAAGCCCAGCAAUUGGUGCAUACCUUUCCCAAGCCUAUGGUGAUACGUUGGUGGUUGUGCUAGCUUCAGGCGUUGCUUUGCUGGAUAUUGGUUUCAUCCUGCUGGCUGUGCCAGAGUCUCUGCCAGAAGAGAUGCGCCCGGUCUCUUGGGGAGCUCCAAUCUCUUGGGAACAAGCAGACCCAUUCGCUUCCUUGCGGAAAGUGGGUCAGGAUUCUACAGUGCUGCUCAUCUGUAUCACCGUCUUUCUCUCCUACCUUCCUGAAGCCGGCCAGUACUCCAGCUUUUUCCUGUACCUGCGACAGGUCAUUGGUUUUUCCUCAGAGACUGUGGCAGCCUUUAUUGGUGUGGUUGGAAUUCUCUCUAUACUGGCUCAGACAGUAGUGUUGGGAAUUCUCAUGCGUUCGAUAGGAAAUAAAAACACCAUCCUCUUGGGACUGGGCUUCCAGAUCCUGCAGCUUGCCUGGUAUGGCUUCGGAUCACAGCCGUGGAUGAUGUGGGCAGCAGGAGCUGUGGCUGCCAUGUCUAGCAUCACUUUCCCAGCCAUCAGUGCCAUGGUGUCUAGGAACGCAGACCCCGACCAACAGGGUGUGGUACAGGGGAUGAUCACUGGAAUUCGGGGUCUGUGUAACGGCCUGGGGCCAGCACUCUAUGGCUUUGUCUUCUAUCUCUUCCACGUGGAGCUGAAUGAAAUGGCUGAGGUGGAAACUUUGGGUAAGGCCUCCAAACCCAACAUGGCCAAUCCUACAGAUGAGAGCAGCAUUAUCCCAGGGCCUCCGUUCCUGUUUGGGGCUUGUUCUGUCCUGCUGUCGCUCCUGGUGGCCUUGUUCAUUCCGGAACACAACCUUGCACUGAGAUCAGGCAGCCACAAGAAGCACAGUAACGGAGCCCAGACCCAUACCCACAGCCCACAGGCCGGAGGAUCAGAUGGCAAGGAGCCCCUGCUCGAGGACAGCAGCGUAUGAGGUUGGGAGAGAAGGACCUGGCUUGCGUCUCAACUCCAGAUCAAGGAUGGACUUAGCCAGUGGGAGUUUGGGGAGAGAGGGUGGGGGGAGAGAAGAAAUGACGUAACAGUCUGUACCACUAUCAGCUAAUGAGAAGGGACAGGGUUUCCCUUCAAGCCAAAUACACCCAGCUGGUGCAAAAAGGGAAUUGUAUCAUCUGGUGCUGAUGGAAAGGGGAGAUACUGAACUACUCCACAUGAAGGGAUAGUUCUUUAAAGCAAACCUGCCCUUGUACAUGAAUACUGAACUUCAUGGUGUGACCUGCCAAAUACUCGACUCGCCAGUGAAAAAUUAAGGAGCUAGCAUUGUCUUUGUUCUAACGUGAACUAACUGAGUUGCCAGCCAGAAUAAAACAAGGCAUCUGUUAUGUGGCCCAUCCCCUUAUAUAAUUGGUACUUGCUCCUGAUCCCAUCACAACUCGGUUGGCUAACCUCAGCCCAGAGAGAGGCUUGACAGCUGUCUUGUGCAGUAUGUGCAGCCUGUGCUGUGAUAGUACACCAAGGAAAAAGUGUGUGCAUGUGUGAGGAACAGAUAGUGUAGUCAGCUGUGAGCAGAUCUGCGCUGCUUGAGGAUCUGAUGAAUUUGCACAUUCUGGCCCAAGUGAAACUUAGACAAAAAGAAAAAAUCUACUGACUUAAUGUUCUGAUGAAGAUAAGAAAAAUUAAGAAGUAAAGUUGCAACUGACACAAGGGGCAGAUGAGAGAAGGGCAACUACACGAAUUACAAAUGCUUAGACGGUCAACAACGUUUGUAUUUGUUUGUUUUUUCUCUUUUUGUUACAGUGAUGUAACAUUCGUCUGUUGCUACCUCCAUAGGUAGUAGGUAGAAGGAUUUUUCAGAAAUCUUUUUCUGGAACUGUAAGGGUUAUUUAGAAAAUACAGUUCUCUGAGACGUUGGAGAAACAACUAAGCUCUGCUAAGCACUUUGAUAAAGCAUGGUUUCCUGAGAGAAAGGUCAAAGAAAUAGCUGUUUAUCUUGAGCAUUUUUAUAAAGCAUGUUGAUUUUUCCCCAAGCUCUUGCCAUCUGAUAUUAAAACCAGAUAAUGACUGUA